GCAGACAUCUGUUCGCUGAAGCGACUCUAAAAUAUUCUCCUCUCUUCCUUCUCCACAAGGUAUUCACGACUUAUCCGGGACGUAGGUAGUGGUGUCAAGAGCCAGAAAGAUGAAAGUGUUCGGUGUAGUUGCGAUAAUAUUAGCAGUGUACAGCGUACAUGCGAAUGUGUACUUCCGGGAGGAGUUUACGGACGGUGAUGAAUGGAGAAGUCGCUGGCUGAACUCCAAACACAAAUCUGACUAUGGAGAGUGGAAACUAACAGCCGGCAACUUCUUUGGAGAUGCUGAGAAAGACAAAGGUCUACAAACAAGCCAAGAUGCUCGAUUUUACGCUGCCUCUGCCCGUUUUGAGCCUUUUAGCAAUGAGGGCAAGCCUUUGGUGAUCCAGUUUACAGUCAAGCACGAGCAAAAGAUUGACUGUGGUGGCGGCUAUGUGAAGGUGUUCCCCUCAGACCUGGACCAGGCUGAGAUGCAUGGAGAUUCUUCAUACUACAUCAUGUUUGGCCCUGAUAUCUGUGGAUACAGCACAAAGAAAGUCCAUGUCAUCUUCAAUUACAAGGGCAAGAAUCACCUUAUCAAGAAAGAGAUUAAGUGCAAGGAUGAUGAGCUGACCCAUCUGUACACGCUUAUCCUGAAUCCGGAUCAGACCUAUGAGGUAAAGAUUGAUAACGAGAAGGUAGAAUCUGGCAGUCUGGAGGAAGACUGGGACUUCCUGCCUGCUAAGAAAAUCAAGGACCCUGAAGCCAAGAAGCCAGAGGACUGGGAUGAUCGUGCAAAGAUCGACGAUGCGGAUGACUCCAAGCCUGAGGAAUGGGACAAACCUGAAAACAUUCCAGACCCUGAUGCUAAAAAGCCUGAGGAUUGGGAUGUAGAUAUGGAUGGAGAGUGGGAGCCACCCAUGAUCCCCAACCCAGAGUACAAGGGAGAAUGGAAACCCAAACAGAUUGACAAUCCCAACUACAAAGGAGCCUGGGUGCAUCCUGAAAUUGACAACCCUGAAUACAGCGCUGAUUCAAACAUCUACAAAUUUGACAAGAUUGGGGUUUUAGGCCUGGAUCUUUGGCAGGUGAAAUCUGGGACCAUCUUUGACAACUUCCUGAUCUCAGAUGAUGUGCAGGAGGCUGAAAACAUUGGAACAGAGACAUGGGGUGCAACAAAGGAACCAGAAAAGAAAAUGAAAGAGGAGCAAGAUGACCUGAAACGAAAAGAAGAAGAGGAGAAGACCAAAGAACAAGACACCGAAGCUGAUGAGGAUGAGGGUGAUGAGGAUGAUGAUGACGACGAUAUGAGCGAGGAGGACAAGGAUGAAAUGGAGGAUGCACUUUCACAGAUGGAGGAGGAGGAAGCAAAGCUUAAUGAUAAAGAUGAGCUUUGAGGAGGUGUGACCAUUGAUUUUGUACGUCCCUCCUUUAAGAACUGUCCUGUAUUUCCUGGGGGUAUUUUGGCUGCCGUGCAUCCUUUCCCUGAGAAUUGGACACAACCCAACUUAGGGUGCAAAAUGUAGUGAAGUGGGUGUUAAUGGACUUAGUUUCUCUUUCAUUUCGGUCAUAUAUUUCUGUUGCCCCUGAGCUGCUGAGUUGAUUCUUGUGUUUUCCACCUACAAAUUCUAUUCCUCGCUCUAAUAGCCACUUUUUUCUUGAUUUUCUUGAUUUACACAUCUUUAUUUGCAGAUAUCCUUUCACAGGUUGCAGAAUUUUACCUAAAGCUGAUGUACAAAAGUGGUAAAUGUGAAAAAUUGAGAAUUUAAGCGUAUUCCCCAUGAAAGAAAAUUUUCCUUGCAGCCUGGUGAAACAAAAAACACAUCCUGGACAUGAAAUUCAUUGGCUGACAAGAUGCAAAACAAUCACAAAAUACAGACCAAUCAAGACUGUAAUGUAACUUAUUUUUGUUAUGUCUGUGGCACUGACUUUCUGUUUCCCUCCCAAACUUUCAAAGAAGAAUUGAAUGAAGUUUUUCAGCAUAAACAUGAAAUUGUUUUUCUACAUUAAAUGGCAUGAAUGAAAAAAUGUCUUCAUAGUAAUGUGAUGGAACCUGCAUUGUUUCCUGAAAGUCUGGAGAAGCAGAUGGGGAGCCCCUGGUGUGACUCAUGACAUCACUAAGGGAUUCUUUUUAUUGGAUAGAAUGUUAAUGAUACCAAAGUUUUUAUUAAAAAGAUUAUAACCUUG